AUGGCAACAACCGACGCCGAAAUUUCUUUCGAUGACCUCCCACUAGAACCAACAGGCCCUCGAGGAAACGCCUGGGGCCGAUUCGGAAAAGAUGACCAGCUAGGAACAUUGAACCUACUUACCCCGGAGCGAGUCGUCGAAGCCGCGAAGGAAAUCCGAACGGGUGUGCGCAUUUCGCUCGACUGGCCUCUCAGCAUGCCAUCGCACCCAAGCUUCAACCGCGACCCUUUCAAGCAGGAGCUUGUUUUUCGGAGUCCGAAUUGUGUCUUUGAUGAUGUCUUGACGUUUAAUAGUCAGGGCUCUACGCAAUGGGAUGGAUUCAGACAUUAUGCGAAUCAAAAAUCGAAACAGUUUUAUAAUGGGCAUACAGCAGAAGAAAUCCAAAGCUCGAAUGUUAUCAGCAUGCACUCUUUCUGUGAACACGGCGGAAUAACAGGCCGCGGAGUCCUCCUCGAUUACGCAGAGUGGGCGGCUACAAACUCCGUAUCCGUAUCGGCGCUCGAAUCCGAAGCCAUCACACUCGAGAACCUGCAGCAGGCCGUCAAACACUAUAAACUCGAAUUCCGAAAGGGCGAUAUUCUAUUUGUCCGCUGUGGCUUUACAUCAGCUUAUAACAAACUAAAUGAUAAGCAGCGCAAGGACCUGGCACUCCGACCAUCGCCUGAUUUUAACGGCGUCGAGGCGACGGAGAGCAUGGUGCGAUGGUUGUGGGAACGGCAGUUUUCUGCUAUUGCGGGUGAUGCGCCGAGCUUUGAGCGUGCGCCUAUUCGGGGUGCUCAUGCGGAUCCUGAAUUUAAUUUGCAUGAGUGGGUGCUUGCGGGUUGGGGUACGCCUAUUGGGGAAAUGUUUGAUUUGGAGCAGCUGUCGGAGCAUUGUAAGGCUGUUGGGCGGUAUACAUUUUUCUUGUCAAGCAUGCCUUUGAAGGUUGUUGGUGGUGUUGCUAGUCCCCCGAAUGCCUUCGCUAUUUUCUGA